AUGACCUCCAGACUCGUACUAUGUCUCGGCGACCUCUUCAUCCCGGAUCGCGCAAAUGCAAACCCACAGGACAUUCCCGCAAAGUUCAAAAAACUCCUCACCCCCGGCAAAAUCGGCCAGAUCCUGUGUCUCGGCAACCUCACCUCCCAUUCCGUCUACACAUUCCUGCGCAACCUAGCUCCAGACCUACACCUCGUAAAAGGCGACUUUGACAUUUCCGUCUCCCCUGCCGCCGCUGCUGCCCCUCAACCCACCGCUGCAUACGCACAACCCACCGAGCAACCAGCCAUCCCCACCGCUCUCUCAAAAGUAGUCACACAUGGAGGCUUGAGGAUUGGCUUUACACAUGGCCACACCAUCGUGCCACCGGGUGAUCCUGAUAGUCUGUUGAUAGCGGCAAGGCAGAUGGAUGUGGAUGUGCUUUGUUGGGGUGGAACGUGCAAGUUUGAGGCAUAUGAGAUGGAAGGCAAAUUCUUCAUCAAUCCGGGCAGCGCAACGGGAGCCGUGUCUUGGGGUGCUGAUGUUGAACUGGACUCAGAGGGUGAGGAGGUGAGCACGCCCAGUUUUGUGCUUAUGGAUGUCCAAGGAGAUGUGCUGGUGCUCUACGUCUACCAAUUGAGAAAGGAUGCGAAUGGAGUCGAGAAUGUGGCCGUGGAAAAAGUGUCGUACAGGAAAAAUGCCUCCUCGUAG